AUGUUGAUUAAUUGUCAGUUAAAUCUUUAUGACACCGAUUGGAAAUUAAAGAAUUCGUCAUCGAUAUUUCCUUUGCAAUUCGAUUGCUUACAUUAUUUAGUACUCGACGAUAUCGUGAUCUAUGACGAUACAUUAAAUCAACCUCGUCAAACAAUUGUUUACUGUCAACGUCCAAGAGAUGAAAAUGAUUUUUCUCCGAUACUCAGUUUAGAUAAUAUACAAGGAAAAAAGUUCGCAUUUGAAGAAUUGCGAUCAUUGAAUACUACUAUUCAACAAUUACUCUCAUGGUCAGCAUCAAUCGAUCUUAUCGAACGUUAUCAAAUUUUUCUUGCUAAUGAUAAUAGUCAAUUAAUAUCAGAAGAAUUUGAUUUAUUUUAUAAUUGCAAUCCACCAUGGACGUGUUAUGAAUAUUUAACUUGUACUCGAGAUAACUCACCAAUGAGUCUCGACUGGCGUGAAAUAUGUGAUGGAAAUAUUGAUUGUAUUGAUGAAAAAUCUCUUGAUGAAGCUUUUUGUUUCGUUUUGGAAAUUAAUGAAUGUGAUGAUAAAAAUGAAUAUCGUUGUCAUCAAGGAUAG